UGGCGGAUAGUAUAAAGGGGCCUGCCUACGGCGCAACACGAUCAGUCUAGAACGUGUCUCGUAAUGGUGUUCCUUUCUCGUCCACCAUUUUAAAACGAUUCGCUUAUUUUUUUUCCAAGUGUGUCCUCGUGCCAACAACGUUCCUUCCUUUUUUUUUGAUCGUCUUCAUGUGCUUCAUUUCAAUUGAUCUUCAAAGAAAAAUAAUUGAAAAAAAGGAGGAUAGAGAUACAUAAUAUAUAUAUAUAUACACACACACACACACAUAUAUAUAUAUAUUUAUACGUAUCAGAGAGAGAGAGAAAGAGAGAGAGAAAGAAAGAGAAAGAGAGAAAUAAAAAAUCUUUCGUUUAAAGGACAGUGACAAAAGAAAGAGAAAGAGAACGACAUAUGCGCUCAAAAGUGUGAAAGACGAAAACGGUAGGAGAAACGAGCGGGUGUACAUGAAAAACAACGUAACGCCGACGAUAAUCGUCAAUCUUUUAGGCUCCUGAAGUCAUGAAGUAAAAGAAAAGAGAACAAAAAAAGAACAAAAAAGAACCAAAGGGGACGACUACCAAGUACAUAUUUCCUUCCUCUUCUCGAGGAGAGACGAGAAAAAUAUAUACGCCGGCCAAGAGGCGCGGCGACGAACUCGGCUCGAAGCGACCGAACUCAGUCCUCAGUGUAGGCUAGUCGGCUCGCUCACGGUGCUAGUGCUUCAAAGGUGCGCGCGAGGGGUUGCAGGCUUAUGUUCCUUGUCCUCUAAAGAAACAGAAAAGUAAUAUAACAAGAAGAACGAGAAGAACGACGACGGCAAAUAAGAAUCUUGUGAAAUUUUCUUCCACUACCACUUUUACUUCUUAUCCUUUUUAUUCUUUUUUUCUAUUUCUUAUUUUAUUUCUUCUUCGUAUUUUAUUUCUUCUUUUUUUUAAUUCCACGUCUAUUCUACUUUUUUCAAUGUUAUAUCGAGUUAGAAAUAUCGACUGAUGAAAUAAGAGUAAUUUCUUAUACGGUAAAAGAACUUUGAUCCUACUGUGAUAUAAUAAUAAUAAUAAUAAUAAUAAUAGUAAUAGUAAUAAUAAUAUUAAUAAUAUAGUUCAAAAAGAGAGAAAGAAAUAAAUGAAUAAAUAAAAAGGGAGAGUGGUAAUAACACAUAUACAUACAUACAUACAUACAUACGUACAUAUAUACAUAUAUAUAUAUACACAUACACGUACAUACUUAUAUAUAUACAUAUACAUACACGCACAUACGCCGUCCGAGACGCAUUCGCCGGCGGCGAUAUAUAUAACAAAUAUGGCGGUGAACAUGUGCGCGCGAAAUUGCACCGAGGACACAGCCGGAUUCAUUUUCAAGAUGAUCUACGAUGAUAUUUCUCUACCUUGGAACGAAUAUUCCUAUUAUAUAACUUACAAUCCUUGGUUCUUCUCAAUACUUGGCAGUACUAUGGUUGGUCUUGCUGGUGUAUUACCACUUUUAAUCAUCCCUAUUGAAGAAGGCGCUGAUCUCAAGAAUGGAGCCAGCGCAGGAACAUUGAAAUUGCUUUUAAGCUUCGCCGUUGGUGGUCUUUUGGGUGACGUUUUUUUACAUCUUUUACCAGAAGCAUGGGAAAACGAUUUAUUGAAACGAGCUGAAAAUUCAAAUCCUCCAUCUAUGCCCUGUGGUCUUUGGGUUCUCACCGGUUUUUUGGUUUUUGUCAUCGUCGAAAAAAUUUUUGCAUUCGAUUAUGAUCCAGAGGAACAACAAGCAGAUGAUAACACGAAUACAUCUAAAAAUAUUAUAGAAAAUUUUGAAACUGAUAAAGAAGAAAUGGAGAACAAUAAUUGUAUUAAUUUGAUUGGGAUUAAACAAAAUAAUGGCUAUGUUCAACAUUGUACGGAUAAUGAACUUUUGGAGAUGGAACCCUUCUUGGAAAACAAACUAGUGAAGAACGGAUACAUGGAGAUUAAUAGUAAUGGUGUAAAGAAACCAAAAAAAAAUGGUUACUUAAAAUCAGAACAUACAAAUGGCAUAGUUUUAUCUGAUAAUAUGUCGGUCGGUAAAGUCAGCGAUUGUUUGAAGAGUUUUACAAAGAACAAUGGUCUCUCAUCGUCAUCAUCUUCAUUGUUGAAUGGAUGUAUCAUUGACAGAAAAUGCGUAUCGUCUAAAACAAAGGAAAAAGUUACUCGGCAAACUGUUAAUACUGUUGUCCAAAAAACUAAAUCAAAACACAUAGCAGGAUAUCUCAAUCUUAUGGCAAAUUGUAUUGAUAAUUUUACUCAUGGAUUGGCUGUAGGAGGUUCCUUCCUCAUGUCCUUCCGAUUAGGCGCCCUAACGACGUUCGCUAUUUUGGUUCAUGAGAUUCCACAUGAAGUUGGUGACUUCGCUAUUUUACUUCGCAGUGGAUUCAGCAGAUGGGAUGCUGCGAGGGCACAACUUUUAACUGCAACCGGUGGAAUUUUUGGAUCCUUAGCCGCUAUUAUUUUUUCUGGUGGUGAAGUUGAGGCAAGGACAGGUUGGAUUUUGCCAUUUACGGCAGGUGGUUUCCUUCAUAUCGGCUUAGUAACAAUUUUACCAGAACUGCUUAAAGAAUCUAGUCCUAAGGAAUCUUUAAAGCAACUCGCUGCUUUAUUAUUUGGUGUUAUGUUAAUGGCAAUUUUAACAAUUCUUUGCGACUAAGGGAUAUUUCAUCCAAGGAAAGAAAUUAAUUUGAGCAAAUUUAUAUAGAAUACUAAAAUCUGUUGAUCAUUUUAUGAUAGUACUUUUCUGAAGUACAACAAUUUUCUAUAAGAACACACUUUCAUUAAAUAAUCUAUGUAUGUAUAUAUAUAUACAUAUAUUUCUAUAUACAUAUACACAGCAUACACACACACACACACAUAUUAUAAGUGACUAUCCCAAAAGAGAGACUAUAUGUUGCCAUAAAAUUACAUAAUUUUGUUGCUUUAUUAAGAUAAAGUGUCAUCAAAAGAAGUUGAAUAUUCAAGUGGAAACGACUGAUGACUAUACUCUUGUAUAUGGAUACAUUAUUACAUGCUCCAACACAUAAGCUAUAUCUUACAAAGUUAUAGGAGUUUAUGUAUAUAUAUAUAUUAAAAGUAUCCUAAAAUAUUAAAAACAGUUUAAAUAAGCUUGAGGGAAGCACUACUUUUCAGACUCUGUGAUCCUUUACAAUAAUUAAGAAUGUGUUUACUAUACGAAUCAUUUAAACUAACUAAUAUUAUAGUAUUCUUAUAAUCGAAGGAGAAGAGUGUAAAUUUAUUUUUAUAAUCUUCAAGGUUAAUAACAUUUCUGUAUCUAAAUAAAUUUAAUAUUUUUCUUCUUAUAAGCCAACCAAUUGAAAUGAAUUAUUUACAUUGGCAAAUUGAAAUAGGUGAUGUUAUAUAUAUAUAUAUAUAUAUAGAUUGUGUUGAUCGCAAACUACAUUUUCAAUUGAAUUCUGCAAAAUUGUAUCUACAAUAUUAUUAUUAUAUGAGAUGUGUAACGAAUUGACGAAUGACAUUUCAUGUUAUGAAAAAAGGUGAAGGCGUGUAAAUAAUUUUUAAUGCUUCCCCUUCUUUGACAUUGAAAUUAAAAAAGGGCAUUUUAAAUAGAACAUAAAAUUUUUAAAUUAGAUGAGAUCACAUAUGAUAUAAAAUUUUCCGUAUAUAAAAGAGAGACAGAGAAAGAAAGAGUACAUACAAAUAUAUUUAACCGUUUGCGUACCACGAGCCACUUUUGCGCAUCUUCAGAUUUUGUGUUGAAAAAAGCCAGGACAUUUGGCCGAAACAGAUAACUGACUGCCCACGAAAUCGAAAUUUGUUGAAAUGCGCUCAGCCUUUCAGACGCAUAUACGUCGCAUCGCUGUCAGUAAUCCAAUACAAUAUUACACGGUUAUUAACAAUGAUAAUUGCACUUUUAUAACACUACGUCCAAUCCUUUUACCAGUUGCAGAAAGAAUGUUAGUAUAAAAGAAACAAACACGAGAAGCGCGAUCCCUUUGUUUACCGCAUUGAACAUGACAAGCGCUAUCAUGCUCUUUGGCUUUUUUCGAUACGUAAUCGAAGGAUUUUUGGCGUUUUUCGAUCAUGUUUUGUCAAAAUCCUCUGGUACGCAAACUGUUAAUAAAUAUACUUACCCGAAAAAAGAGAGAGAGAGAGAGAGAGAGAGAGAGAGAGAGAGAGAGAGAGAGAGAGAGAGAGAGAAAGGACAUAUGUUUGAGUUCCUAAAAAAAAUUCUAUGUGAGUAAAUGUUUUCAAGAAAAACCCAUAAAUCUAUUUAAGUGAGAACGAACGAUUACGUUGAUGUUAUAUUUUGCGACGAUGGGAAAAUAAAAUUGUAUAAAUAAAUUGUAAACGAAAAUGAAAAGUUAAUGUAUACACAAAUUAUAUUAUAUAAAGAAAUUAAUAAUGUAGAUAUGUACGAUCUUUCGAGAAAUAAAUUUCAAUACGUAAUAUUUUAUAAAAUUAGGUAUAUAAUAUAUAUAGCGCGCGCGCGCGCGUCAUCCACACUCACACAAUUUCGUUAUCUAUCGAUAGAAAAAAAAUUUAAUUAAAUUGAUAAUAAUCAUUAUCGAAUAAUUUCAAAUUGAAUUUCUGGAUGAAAUAAUUAUAUGAUUAUCAUGUUAUCGUUUGUUAUUAAUAAAUAAGUAAAUGAGUAUAUAUACACGAUCAAGAUAAUAGGCCUAGAGUCGUCUCUCAUCAUAAUGCCUAGAAUGUACAAAUAUCGUUCUCUCUAAACUCAUAUAUGUAAACACAAGAGGAAAAAAAAAAGAAAGAAAAAAAAAAGAUACACAUCAAGAAUUUCUUUUCAAUGUAAUCAAAUUCAUUUAUAUCCAAAUGGUAACUUAAAUUAUUUUAUUCAAAACGGAUACAUGCGAAAUGUAUAUAUAGUUUAUAUGUCAUUGUAAUUAUAUAUGAUCUAAAACAAUCCUUGUACUUAAAAGGUAGAAGAACAAGGUAUUCUUUUCAAAAGAAGAAAAACAACAUAAUAAAAAAAAA